AUGAGACCUCCUGCCCAAGGUGGCCACAUGGGAGGUUGUUAUAUCUCUUGUACUUUUUAAAAAUGUAUCUUUCUUUUUUAAUACAGUAAAAGUAACCUUUUUCAUCAUCUUUUUAUAGCUUUGAUAAAUCCUACUAAUAUUUGAUAGUAAAACAUUGGAAUAAAACAUUUCAGUAAAAAUUUAAAAAUAUGAAAGAGAAUCCGUUUUUACAAAGUGAUGUACUUCUCAACAGUUGAAAUGAAAUAUUUUCAGCGAUUGAGGCAAGCUUAAAAGAGGCACAUGUCAUCUAAAUCACAGUACCAAAUUACUGCAACUUAAUUGAGACAUGAAUUGCAUUGUAUUUUUGUGUAUUAUUUGCUUACAUAAAAUAAAGUGACGGUUAAACCUACAGCUCAUAGUAUUUUUAAAAAAUAUUAAUUUUAGGUCCCAUGGGAAACCAAGGCUAUGGACAGCCACAGGGAAAUUUCCCCAUGCAAAAACAGAAUAUGAUGGGACAGCAACCACAGCAGGCAAUGAUGUCUCAGAAUCAGCCCAUGAUGACACAGAAUCCACCAAUGAUGUCACAGAACCAGUCCAUGAUGACACCCAACCAGCCUAUGAUGUCACAGAAUCAGCCUCCUAUGUCGCAGCAACAGCCGAUGAUGUCACAAAGUGGCAUGAGCCAAAUGUCUCAGAGUGGCAUGGGUCAGAACACGAACCCACUGAUGUCUCAAGGCCAACCCAUGAUGUCACAAAAUCAACCAAUGAUGUCACCCCAGCAGCCAAUGAUAUCACAGAACCAAUCCAUGAUGAAUCAGAAUCAGCCGAUGAUGUCCCAGCAUCAGCCAGGUAUGGGACAAAACUCUAGCCCAAUGAUGAUGCCGGGGACACCGAACCAGAUGAUGCCCAGCAGACCCAUGGGUCAGCAAGGUGGAUACAGACGUGCUCAGCCAGGUAAUUAUCAUGCACUAUGUAUCAUUCUUAAUAAUUUUAGUACAGAUUAGUUAGAAAUGGUAAUGAAUUUAAAAGAAUUGGGACGAAGGAUUUAUCAAAGUAACUUAUGGUAGACUAUUUUAAGCAUGCAUGGUUGAGUUAAUUCUCUUUAAUGGAAAGGAAAAAUUUAUUUAAAAAUCCAAUAAGUUUGGGGGGUGGGGGGAAUGUUGAAAAGUCUUACUUUUGAAAGAGACAGUGAAUAAUUCUGAAGUGCUGGAUACAUUUUGUAAGAAGUAAAUUUGGGUGUUAUUCUAAUAAUCUAAAUAUUAUAAACUAAUCUUUAAAUAAGUUUAGAACUCUGAGAUUUGGAACUCAGAAAGUAGAGCAGGAAAAUAAAUGGGUGCACAUAUUUCAUCCACUAUCCACAAACCAAGUUAUAUUCCAGAACAAGCCUUAGAAUAAUUAUCUUCAAACAACAAUGGAAAAAAAAGUUGGUCUAAUAAUUUUAAUAGUACUCAUUAAAAGUCCUAGAGAGCAGUAAUUACAUCUCUGUAUGAAUGAAUUUAAACAAUGUUUUAGUUAAUGGCUUUGGAACGUUCACUUUCUUUCACAAGGGCCUCAGUUCAACAAUCAGCAAAACUACUCUCAGCAGCAGUUUGGGGGACAACAGCAGCCACCUCAGCAAGGACAGCAGGCUCCUUACUCUCAACCCGGGCCCCAGGGUAAUGUGCCGCCUUCCGUCCAGCAGCCGGGUCAGUUUGGUCCCGGACAGCAGAACCAGAACAAUCCCAGAGGCUACGCUCCUUACCGCCAGCAAGGGGUGAUGGGACCCGGAGGCAUGAUGGGUCAACAGCAGGGUGGACAGCCGGGAACACCUCCAAUGGGGCAACAGGGAAGCAUGCCCGGUCAGAUGGGCCAAGGGAGCAUGCCCAAUCAACUGGGUGGCCCCCAGAACCAGCCUGUGGGACCACAUGGGGAUAUGGGCCAGAAGCAGAUGGGAGGCCCACCUGGUGCGAUGCCUGGCCAGAUGGCCGGACAACAGGGCACCAUGACAAACCAAAUGGUGGGGCAAGGAAACAUGCCCAGUCAAAUGGGGAUGCAAG